AUGCGACUUUUGAAGCUGAUAGAGCGGCGGCGUUUGUCUCCGCUGACGCGAAACGACGUCGUCGAUGACCGGAGGAGGAGCAUGGCUCACUCUUAUAAGAAACUAGCGCCGUCGCCGCUGCUCACACUCUCCGUUCUGAAACUCGACGGCUCUGUUUUCGAGAUUCAGGUUGGGAGGAGUGCGACUGUAGCAGAGCUGAAACAAGCAGUAGAGGUGGUGUUUUCUUCUUCGAACAGCAAGGUUCCAUGGUUACUAGUUUGGGGGCAUUUCUGCUUGUGCCAUGUAGGGAAGAAGCUAACUAAUGACAGAGCGCAUAUUCGGAAUUUUGGGAUCAAGGAUGGUGAUCAAAUUGAAUUCAUUAGGCAUAUGUCCAUCAGCAACAUGCCUUUCGAAAAAGGGUCUAAGAAGGAGAGUGCACCUUACAAACAGAAGUUAAUGUUGACAUAUGGAUCAAAUGAUCAUGAGACAAAAGAAGAGCAUGGUUCAGAGGAUUUUGACAAUAAUGUCAGUCAGGAGGAUGACUCUGGGGAUCAUCCCAAUAUAGAUAUGGAGGAAGGUCCUAUGCCUGAAUUCAAGUUGCCUCGUUUCUGGAAAGGGUGGCUCUCAUACUCCAAGGUUGUUGGAGCUUGGAGGUUUUAA